UUGUGAUCCCUGGCAACCGCGAAAAACUACCUGUCAUCAAUUCAAUUUUUCCGUUCUGAUAACAACAAUAAAGGUUUUCACAUAUGGUCCACCUAAUCGCGCAUAGCGCAGAGAAACCAAUUCACAGUGGUGGUACUUUGCGAACCACUAGUGGGGGUGGAAGUAUCGUGCUAUGAUUAACCGGCGAAGAUGGUGAUAACUUGGUCGAUGAACACCCGCAUGAUUUAGUGGACUAUUCUUUUUCCAAGCUGGUUAAAUGUGAUAAGUGUUAGCAGUACUUACGGGGGCUGAUACAUCAGUCGGACGGUAAAGUUGACCAACCGUAGUUAGCAGGUCUUUGGGCUUGGUCUUCGCCAGCAGUUUAACGUGGCCAUGUUGCCGGCGCCGCAGAUUGUCAUAAUACUUUGCAACGAGAUCGAACAGAAAGCGAUGUGUUACUUGAACCUGGAUCUGUACAAGCUGUAUCGAACGACGCCGCCGAACUACGACGAGCGUACGACCGAACUGCGUGACUCACUCAACGAAAAACUAAUCAACACCGAUAUGAGCUGCUACUCACCGGAGUGUGUAGCCACGGUGCUAAAGAAGUUCUUACGGGAGCUGCUCGAUCCGAUCAUUCCAGUUAUGUUUUACGACAAACUCGUCGUAGCCUCAAAAAUUACCGAUGAUGCGGUAGCAGUGGCUUUGCAUUUCCAGGAUUCGCCAAUUUACCACAACAUGACGCUCAAGUACAUCAUGAUCCAUCUGAUACGAAUAUUCCAAAUGCAGUAUCAGCGGGACUGAAAGAGGAGCCGAUAAUACUGAUACAAGUGUGGUGCCAUAUUCCAAUGCGUCCUCCUUGAGAGAAAAUUAAAAAAAUUAAAAUUAAAAUUAAUCAAGUCGUGUAUAACAUGGAAAACAACUUGCGAAUAAUGGAACUCCUGCUCUAUAAGCUGGACUGGAACAAAAAAACUACCAGAACUUCUGUCUGCUCCUGCGGUACCACCACGGAAAAUCUCCCGAUGUACGGUUGUGUUACAGAAGCAACAAAUACCCGGUUCAUCCACUGUUUUACCAGCAGCAUAGGCUACUUCAAAAAACCUGCGAUCACAGCCCCGGCAUCUGUGGUACAAGCGCUCUUGGUUAGGGUGUAUAAUAAUGCCGGUAGCAAUAGUAGUAACGGAACAGUGGCUGCUGAAAAUCGGGGGUACAGUGUUGAUACGAGCAGUUGGUGAUGCAAACACACCAGCUGACCUGACGGAUCAAAUCGACCGAUUCUUCCUCGAGUUCCAUUUUUUUAAACAAUAUAGAAAUAAUUAUUUAUAAUUUUUAUUGAUUACAAUAAAUUUUAAAAAAAUA